AUGUCUAAAUUAGCCAAGAAAAAUACUGCCAAAAGGAAAAUUCAGAUGCGCCAAUACUUCGAACAACAAGUUAAAAAUAAAAAGCAUUACUCUGAUCCAUUCCUCCAUGAUGAUAAUUCCAGUGAUGAAGAAUUUGAAAUCGAUUUUCCUUCUAAAAAGGGUAUUAAAAUCAAGCUUCAAAGGAAUACUGAUGAUGAGUAUAGUAGCUCAUCUGAUGAUCUUCUUUCAGGUAAUGUGAAUUUAGAUGAAGCAGAUUAUUUGAUAAUAUCACUCAAAAUGCCAAAGAAAAAUGCUAAGCAACAAAUUAAAAAGGUCAAACCUGUGGCACAAGUUCCUACACAAAAAGAGCAAGCAAACUUUAAACAAGUUGCAGAAAAACUUUAUAAGCUCAAGCAAGUGGAAAUACAAGGAGCUGAAGAGGAUGAAGAAGAGGAAGCUCUUAUUUAA